AUGCACAGACUAAAGGGGCUCUUGCAAAGGAAACACAAAAAGAAGGACCAUGAGAUACCUACUCAGGCGGCCCCUACUAUACCUCCUGUAUCAAGCAGUCCUAAGCCGCUCUGCCAUUCCACUCUUGAGGCACUGCCCUUUGAGAUCCGCAAUCGCAUUCUAUUUGCAGUAGAUUCUCUCACAGAUCUUUCAGCCUUGAUCCAUGCAUCUCCCACUUUUCACCAACAGUAUCGACUUGACCGAGCGUUCUGGCUAUGGCAUUGCCUAUACCUUGAACUUGGCCAGGCUUAUGUUGAUGCAUACAUGGUCGACCAAUGCAAUAUGCCUGAAUUUCGACUGAGGCGGAACCGGGAAAAGGUUCUACUCUUUAUUGAGGACUAUAAAUUGCGCCGCCUCGAAGUCACUGAUAUGUCUUGGAAACCACCUGACGAGGAUGAGAUCCUGAGUAUGGUAUCUUUUCAUGUAUCGGUCAUCCGCCCUCUGAUGAAACACUACGUUACUUGGGUUCGUCUAAACCUCGAGGGUUUGUCUUCACCCAACGAAAUCAGCAGAACAGAAGAGCAGCGCAUCACGCGCGGUCUAUACCGCUUCCAACUCUUCUACAACCUUUUCGGUCCACCUAAGGGCUUUGCCAGCUAUGGUGAUCCUUUAGUGCAGCUCUUUUUUGAUCUGUAUACAGCAUGGGAGGUUGAAGAAAUCUUGUGUAUAAACGUCUUUGUGCACGCACAGUACCUCAGUGUAUUCAAGCAGGUUCGAUGGGACUUGCAUCCGUCUAAUCCAUCGUUCGACAACGUACGAACUGGUCCACAUACACCACCCGGCGCAUUUGAUCUCUUUUGGAAAGAUGAUUUGCCCUAUGACAAUCAGCUCUAUGGCAUAAUCUCACGGGGGCUAUCAGUCUUAUCCACCGCUCUCAAGACACAAGAUCAAUCAAAGCUAGCAGAAUUGAUCGCAAGCGAAAUUGUGCCGAUGGUGGAAGAUAUUCUUUUCGAAAGCACAAACUCUUAUUACCAAGAAACAAGGCGCGAGAGCCAUCACUCCGAUAGGGAUCAAGCCCAGGACGACCGUGAGAAGAUGGUCUUCAGCAGCGACAGUGAUGGAUCGCCUCCGUUGGCAUGGGUAAUCUUUUGGAAAGAGACAUACAGCAAUCUCUUUGGCAAUUUUAUACCAGAGUCUUUGCGUCAGUGGGGAUAUGUGAUGUGGGAUAGCGAUCGGUUAGCUAACACUGAUGCUGUUGCCCGGCUUGAUCAGGGGUGGAAAGAUAUGUAUACGGAGCCCGUUCACUACGAGGCGCCGGGAGAUCCGAGAGAUGAGAUGUUGGCUUAUCACUAA